UUGGGUGUGUCAAAUUACUAAGGAAAGUGUGUUAGCUAGAGUUCUAGAAUGCAUGUCACCAACUAGCUCUUAUUAAAGAGGCUUCAUGAGUCAUGACCCUUCUCUUUUCACUUCCUUAUUAGUGAGAUUAUAAAAACUAGGCCACCUAAUACUAUCCUAAAAGGGUUGAGAUCAUGAUAGGGGUCUAGUUAAAUAUAAUCAUCUUUAACUCAAUUAACUAUAGGCAUGUCCCCCAUCUGCCCUUCAAGCUAACACCUAAUCUAGUUUUGAAUGUUCUUAAAACAAAACAUAAUGAUUGAUUCAGUGCUGUGCCCCCACUUGUGAAUUGUGCAUAAGUGAUUAUUUUUCUUGCACAAGUUUCCCUUCAAAGCUCACUCUCAGUACUGUCGUAGAAUGAAAGGCUCAAAGCAGCACCAGCUCCAACAAAGAGGAUGCAAGGCCUUGUGUUGCAGUUGCAGGCUCAGUGUUUCUUCCUCUGAGGAAGCAGAAAGCUCAUCAGCUUCUGAUAGGUUCCCUUCUGUUUCAAGCCUUGCACAUGCCAUGGUGCAAGAGAGACUUGACCAAAUGAUUAGAGAAAAAAUGGAAGCAAGACAUGCAGAGAGAAGAAGGCAACAAAGCAGAGAAGGGACCAAGUUUGUUGUAAUGGUAGCUAUGGAGAGGAGUUCUUGUGAUCCAAGAGAGGAUUUUAGAGAGUCCAUGACGGAGAUGAUAACUGCCAACCGCCUUCAAGAUGCCAAAGAUCUUCGAAGUCUAUUGAACUACUAUAUCUCCAUGAACUCUGAUGAGUACCAUACUCUUAUACUUGAGGUUUUUCAUGAGGUUUGUACUAAUUUGUUCUUAUCAUGUAAAUGCCAUUGGUAAUAAAUGUCACAUUGCCAAUUAAUUCAUGAACGAAGCAAAAGAAAAAAAAAAAGUUUUCCUUUUACGUAUUGAUUUAUGUGGGAAUUUGCCUUUCACAAACAAAAUCAAGAGA